CGUGACGGUUGCACUAAGACUAGCCAAAUUUUUCAAACACAUGCUGACUGGCUCGACGGCCUCUUUGAGGUUUUCCAAAUGCGAGCACAAUGAGGAUCCAAGGGAGCAAGUAGGUACCGUUGACCAUACAAUACGCGACCACACAGGCUUUGCUGACAGCAACCAUAGACUACCUGGUACUAGUAGCUAUCCUCUCCUCGUGCAAGAUUACGGCUGGCUACUUGUCUUCCUCCUCUGGUGGUGCGACGACGACGAAACUUCGUCACUCGCCAUUGCAACAACAAGAGUGUCGUUCUCCUCCAAUUGAUUCCAAGAACGUUCGAUUUGUUGAUCCAGACUUGACAGCAGAGACGCCCCGUCAAAGCAACGCCAUGGCGACAUCUCCCAACCGUGGUUUUGGGACUCCUGGUCCCCGCGUCCCCAAGAGCGGCGUCAAGCUGUCGGUAGUCACAACCCCCGUGUCGCAUUCCACACGCAGUACGUCGUCGGGUUCCAUGAUGACAACGCCCUCCUUUUCCUUUCACAGUCCUCACAAUGGUAGUAGUAGUAGCAGUGUGAGUGGCGGUGGUUACAAUUUGGGCAGUCUCAGCAAAGGCAACAAAUUCCAUCAUCAUCAUCACCACAAUCACAACUCUUCCAGUCUCUUUUGGAACAAAAAGAAUCGAUCGUCCAUUCUAUGGAUGUGUCUGUUACUCCUCAUGGGCGCCAUCAAUAUGGCCUAUCAAUGGUACAAUAACGACGUCAGAGCCGAUUUUGGGAUUCUAUUGAACAUGGGAGGAGCAAGACCGAAUGGAGUAGUCAAUCAACAAGCAGAGACACCACCAAUACGCAGUGGCAAGCCGUUUGAAUGGAAACCACCGGCUGCCCUUCGUGCGGCUGCUGAUACUGCUGACACGGACACCACAACUACUACAUUGUCCAAUCAACAGCAACAGCAAGAACCAGUAUUUGACUACACACUGCCAGCGUCAUCGGAUGCCACUGUGGUCUUUUAUCAUAUCUAUUUUCCACCCACAGACGAAGGACGACUAAAUUCCCUUCGCAUCAUUGCCGAACAACUGCAACAACUCGCCAACAGUACUACCAGUCCCAACUUUGUCCUAUACUACAAUACCAUUGGAGAACAAACUCCAGCCCUCGAAGACACACACAUUCAGCAACUGUGUCUCCGAUCCAAACUUACGUGUCAUGCCAUGCAGCAUUUUAGUGAGGGCAUGGAAGACAAGACCCUCCAACCACUGCAUGACUUUUGUAGUCUUCAAACAGAGCCGGAAACAGACUAUUCCGUAGUAUAUCUUCACAACAAGGGCUCCUUCAAUGCCAAACCACUCAAUGAAGUCUGGCGGUAUCAAAUGACACAGGCCGUGGUCAGUCCAGAGUGUCAGCAACACACGACUAAUGUUCCGGGACAAUGCAAUCUCUGCGGCCUUUACUUUUCCGCCGAACGAGGACUUUUCAUGGCCGGCAACAUGUGGCGCAGCAAAUGCAGUUAUGUCCGCAACUUGUUGCCGCCACGGGAUUUCCAAGACGCCAUGCAUGCCAUUACGGCACAAGCAUUAAUGGAACGAUUGCGGUUUCGAUUCGUCAUGACGCUGCAAGAACUACGCGCCGGUGUCUUUGGCAUUGAUCGGUAUGCCACGGAAUUUUGGAUUGCCUCGCAUCCAUUUGUCCGACCCUGUGACUUUUCCAAGGCCAUUGCACCACCCACGUCCUAUGACAUGACGGAAAUUUUCUUGCGGUGGUUGCGGGUACAGGAACCGCACAAUGGGACAUUGGAAUCCGAAUGGUUUGCCAAAACGGCACCUCAUCAUCCACUGCCGAUUUUUAAUGGACAAGGUUUGGACGUGGCACGAUUUCCUGAUGUUCGUCUUCGGGAGUACUUUUUGUUGGCCGGCAAUCUCUUUCGAUGGUAUGGACUCUACGGACAAGCACCGCCCGUGGCACCCACGUCGUGGGUCUACGAGUGGUUCCCAGAUGGGGCCAAAUGGAAGGCUGCCGUGCAAGAACAUGACAAGGACAGUGUGGAGUUCAUGACAGAGGCUGCCUUGCAAAUGGAAAUUGAAUCGGGACGCAACAAGUUCACACGUGACAAUACCAAACCCCAACCGCCCAAUGGUUUUGUCAAUACGAACAGCAACAAUAAAAAGAAGUCUCGGGCUAGUAACAAGAAGCGAAAGACAGGAAAAAACAGAAAAGCCGCUGGCCGGUAAGGCAACCGUGUUGCCUUUGCUUCUUUUUGUCAUGUCCAUACACGCACUCACUCUACAGUACAACUAUUACUGUAGCUAGCCAGAUUGUUAAUGUCCUCUGGCUAGUAACACUAUAGAAAAAGAUCCAGUUUUGUUGUUAUCUCGCGACGUUGACCUAGCUAUAGUGUAUUGUCGUUCUCCUUGUCCCGGUACUGCGUCGUCCAUGGCUAAAGAUGUUGUCAGCAACAUUGAUUCUACAGUACAUGUCUCUGCUACAA